AUGGUGGCGGCGCAAAGACCGAACCCCGAGAGCAUUCAACCACUGCCAAAGACGAUUAGAAGAACGUUUUCUAUUUUACUGCAUUGGCGUGACGCAUCGUUGCGUUUCUACGAGCUCGCACGUGUCUAUAUAUAUUUUUUUCGCCGGGAUAGUAGACAUUUUCCGCGUUACAGGGUUUCAGAGAAAUCCAACGCCGCUGGCACUUCUCGGGUAUUUCCAGCAGUUGCCUAGAAAUCCAAUCGAAUCCUUGUACGACAACUACGCUAUGGACGGCAUUCCGAAAUCCGGAUUCGCCGGGUACGGUUCGUCCAAAAUGAUCACCGAGUACGAAUGUUUGCCUUGCUUAGUGUUUCUCGGAUCACCCGAAUUUCCGGAUUAUCGUCUUUUACGAAUAAAAUACUCCCGAGAACCCUCUGAAUUCUCGAUUAAAAAAUAUGCGUUCGCAUCCCGAGCACAAAACGAAUAUUCUCAUUUGCAAUCGUUAAUUAUAUCCCUUUAUGUGUACCUGCGAAAAUGCUUAUUUACAUACUUACGGAAUUGA